UCUAGCCACUGAGUUUCAGUCUCUUAUUCAUAAGGAAUAAUAUUUUCUAUAAGAACCCUGCUGAGGGGAGGGAAUAGAGAACAAAGCCACAACAAAAACUGGACUCAGAGAUGUCAGGACUCCCCACGAUCCUGGGGAAUAACUGGUGACAACAAGGCAAUGUUGUUCUUCCUCUUGUUCUUGUUGCUGUCCUCUCUGGUGGCUUUGCACGCGGAAUACUCCGGGCAUCACAGUUUGAUCAUAUAUGUGACAUUCGCUCCCGGUCAUCAAUAUCUACCUAAAUACUCAUCAUAUGGCAUGCUUGAUGAUUACAGAGUAUUUACUUAUGACAGCAUCUCUGACGUAUUUUCACAUCCCUUUGGCCAACUGGAAUCUCUGUCCACUGUCUGGAGAGAUCUUAGGGAUUGCACAAACUUUAAAACGGGCUAUUUCAACCUGCUUUCAAGAUAUGCAAAUUUAACCUUCGGGUUGAAAGGUCCACUCUUGCAGUUAAUGUAUGGCUGUCAGCUGAGCCAUAAUGGAACGUCAAGUGGACUGUAUCAUUUUUCAGUCAAUGGAGAGUAUAGUCUCUCUAUGGAUAUGGACAGCCCUCAAUGGUACUCAUAUCUGCCACAAGAUCUGGACAUUAAGAACAUUCUAAACAGGUUUGAGCUCUGGAACCACAAUAAUCUCAUAUACAUUCAUCGGGAUUGUGUUCCUCGACUCAAGAAGUUCUAUGAACACAGUAGAACAAUACUUGACCAGAAAGUUCGCCCUGAAGCUGUGAUCAGUCAUAAGCGUGCUGGAGCUCUUAACUGUGUGGUGACGGGAUUUUACCCUAAAGAUAUCACUGUAGAGUGGAUGGUUAAUGGACAGCCAGCCUUAGAUGGGAUAUCAACAGGCUUCCUGCCAAAUCAUGACCAAACAUACCAAAUUCAUGUGACAAUUCUGUUAUCUGACGCUACACAAAACUACUCCUGUCAAAUAAAGCACAGCAGUCUUCGAGAACCGAUGGUCCUUACAUGGGAUGCUUCCUCAAGUAUGACUGAUGAAAAAACUUCUCUGCACAUUGGUUUUAUUGCAGGACUUAUCGCAAUGCUUACACUAAUAGGUGAAAGUGAACAGUGA